UAUGAAACGAAUCGCUUGACUAAUAUUCAAUAAUAUAGUAUAUAAAGGGCCCAAAAGGCUGGGCCAUAACGGCGUCCAUAGCAUUGCAUUGAAUGACAAAUCAGUUUGUGUUUGAGUUUUGGCCACAAAAACAAUCACUGAAAAUCACUUUUCAAUUGUGAUUGAAAUCAAUUGUAAUCAACAAAUCCAUUGCGAAACCAAUCCAUCGAUCGGACAGUUAUGUCACGCGCUUUCCUCUUCGGCGGCAAUACCGGCGCUCAGACCCGGAGUCAGUAUUUGGUCGAGUUUAAGGCCGGGAAGAUGACUCAGACUGGAUCUACUGUGAGUCCAGUGAAGGGCCGCAAAGGACUGGUAUAUCUGCACCAGAGUUCGGACGACCAACUCAUGCACUUCUGUUGGAAAGACAGACAAACGGGACAUAUAGAGGACGAUCUGAUCAUAUUCCCAGACGAGGCUGAGUUCAAGCGAGUGACUCAAUGCACUACUGGUCGGGUGUUUGUGUUGAAGUUCAAGCCGUCGUCGCGUCGGUUCUUCUACUGGUCUCAAGAGCCCAAAGAG